AUUCUCUUCAUUCCAGGAGCUGUAAAGGCGACACAAAACAUAACAUAAGGUCAUAGUUGUGAAUUUAAAUUGUAAACAACUUGUUUGAUCCUCACAAUGAGUUUGUCUACUUAAUUUAAUAGGAUGGUGUAUAAAUUUGGAGGGUAUCUAUAAGAGGUUUUAUCUAGACAGGGAUCUUGCUCUUCUAUUGGAUAUAGCUGACAUAUCAGGAAACAACAUUAAACAUGCAAGGGAGGGCGCACGUUAUUGAACUUUGUUAAUCAACCUCUUAACAUAAAAUAACUCGCAACAAGUGGAGGACUUAUAAACGAUUAGUAGAUGUUUAUUUAUUGUUUGGAAAUAUUUUUUUCAUACCAGAUUUCGCAGCUGAAUUAUUCAAGUGUUCAUUAUCCAUUCGCUCUACAACAAAAUAUAUUUAGUGAAUUUGUAGAAACAUAAACAAAGUUACGCUUAUUUUCUUGCCAAGAUGAAUUCAUAUAUUUGUUACUUUAUGUGUAUCGGUGCAUUAUCAUGCAUUGCACGUAUUACGGCCAUGUCACAGUGUUCCGUAAAGGUGCCAGUACCUGACAUAUCGUUCUGUGAUGCAACAGGAGCGCUGGAAGAAAAGGUCGACGCGAACAUUUAUGAGACAAGCGGACGUGUAAAGGCGGUUCAAGACUUUCAAUACGAUGCUUUUGAAUUAUUUAACCAUCAGCUGACGACGUUAUUAGACGAUUCAAAAAGCACGGAUAUGAACAUUCAUGAUGUUGAAGAAGAAAUUUUAACUUUAAAACGAUUUGUGAGUCGUGUACUGUCGGACUCGGUUAACGACGAGAUACCAGCAAUCAGCGGAACGAGACAUAAACGUGCUGCAUCUGUAAAUCAAACCCAACAACUUCUGAACUCGGCUAAAGCAACCUUCCAACAAGAACUUGCCAAAAUUACAAAUAAAUUGGCCAUUAUUUCAAGUUCUAUCGCUAAAGAAGCCGCUCAGACUACAGCUAUACACACGAAACUUCUGAACGAACUUACUUCAAAUCAACUAACACUAACGGCUACAGAGCAGCAAUUAAACGCCCUUGAUACAACAAUCAGAAAUGUCCUUAAAACAACAAAACCAGGUGUAGGCGGUGUGAGUCUGUCGGCAGUGAGGCAACAAAUCACGGACCUGGUAAUAAACGCCAGUGUAGCAGAACAAAUUACACAACGACAACUAGACAACAUCGAAAAACUGGAACAACAAAUGGAGCGUAGUGAACAAGCUGCAGGAGCUAAGCUGACUUCUCUCGAGACAGAUAUUAGUAACCUUGACAACCGUCUCCCAAACAUAACUCAUCAAAUUGCCAAUCUGAAAGGAGGAGAACGUAUAUACGAGGACAAGAUUGGUACAUUUAUCUACAACACGACACAUGACGUCGCUGAUCUGACAGCGAAACAGGCCACUCUACAACAGGAAGUGACAAAGGCAGGUCAAGAUGCAUUCAGCGCAACAAUGAAACUCGGGGCUUAUGAACAAAAUCUCACACAGUUCAGACAUAAUGUUGAUGGUAUCCAGAGCAUAGUUACGUUCAUUCAGCCAAUCCAACAAGCUCAGAGCGGACAAAUUCUUCAAUUAAAGAAAACUCUAGCAGACAACAUCCAUGUUAUGCAGUACGCGUUCGGGGUCCGUUCUACACCACCUUGAUAUAAAUCUGCUAGUGUUUCAAAAAACAAACUGUUUACUUAAAUGACCCUUCCAUGAAGUUGUUGUAUAUUUUCUAAAUUAUAAUAAAGUUGAUUAAGGCGAGACAAAAAAAUUGUUUGAAUGUAGACAAACCGAUAAAAUAGAGAAGUUCUUACGCACACAAAUAUUUUAACACACUCACCUCGAUAAUCAGAAUUGUCUUCUUAAAUCAAGAAAACAAAUUUAUCACAAAAUUUUAAAUAA